AUGUCUGAAAGGACCUCAAGAACACCGCUGAGAACCAGAAGGCAAGGAAGUCACGAUGGCCAGGAACGGCCCGUGGCAACUGCUUCCACAAGCACGCUUUCGUUGCCUUCUCCACUGCUCAAGGCUAGAGGGAAGCUUAAGAAGACCAAGUCAAGACCACACAUUAGACGUGGACAGCUGAACCCAAACCACCAGAAGUUGGUGUUUUCUGUUGACGAUGAUAUUCACGAUGAGAUUGAUGAUGAUGACGAGGAAAUUUCGCCCCAGGAUAAGAAGUACCUUGAGGGUUACCAUGAUGCUAUCAAGAAGUUGUACUCGCGUAAGAAGUCAUUGGACGAGGAUAGUCCUGAGAUGGCUGUUACUAUUCCAAGACACGGUAGUGCGUCGCUGCUGGCGGCUGCUACGCCAGUGGUAGCCACGGUUACUUCGCAUGAUGGCCAUGAAGUUGCCCUGGCCGAAGCCCUCGACGAGGAAGACGCUCCUGAGGAGCUUUUGGAGGAGGAUGAUAAUGAUGCUGCUUCCCAGAAUUCCUCUUCUUCUUCUCAAACUAUGGAAUCGUUAAACUUAAAGGAUAGACAGGAUGCUAUCAACUCUACACACCCGUUCGGUAUCAAGAUCUGGAAACCUUCCAUUUAUAAGAAGAACCGUUCUGUGGCUGCUCGUGCCGACGAGGAUAUCCACGACUUCGACCCAAAGAAACCUACAGGCAAGAUCCAUUGGGGCGUCCACGUCUCCAAUUUCCUUUGGAGUCUCACCUUCGGUGUAUUCUUAUUCUUGCUUUGUCUUUUCGGAGCACUUAUGGUUUUCGUUCUUUCUGGUUUUGCUUGGGAUAAGAAAUCUCGUCCUUAUGUUAGAUGUUUCAUCAAGUUGGGUAGGUAUUGGCUUUUUCCUUUUGGAAAGUUCGUGUUGCUUAACAAGGAUAAGAACUACUUGGAAGAGGAUGAACUUGACGGCCGCUCGAUUUCCGAAUUCCACAAAUGGCGUCUUCAGGAAGAGGGUCGUCUUUUCUUUGCUCCUCCAAGAAGAAUGACUGGUACUGGUACAGAAGCCAAGCCUUUACUUAAAGAUCACAAGGGUAGACCAUGGACCGCUGCUUACUCAUCGUUGGGUGACGGUGCAACUUCCAGUGACGCUCAGAACCAGGGCCUGAGCCAGAAUGCUGAUAACAAUGCUGAAGAAGCUGCUAUUGAUGAUGAGGAUUACAAUGACGAUGUUUGUGAGACCGACUCUGGAGACUCGGAGCCAACCGAUAUCAAGAAACGUCUUUUCGGUAGAGGCGCUUGGUCCUCUGGCAGAUUCGUCUUUUAUGUGUUCUUCUACUGUAUCAUGCAGCCAAUUCUUUAUUUGAUCUCCCUUUUAUCGUGGAUUUUCGUCUUCACUAUUCCAAUUGCAAACCUCACCCUUAUCAUGUGUGACCACUUGAGAAGAAGACCUUUGGCAUUGCAUUAUGAAAAGGAAAAGGAGUACUACAAAAAGCUCAAUGAUCCUAAGACAAAGAAGCAUUUCAGCCAUCAGUCCAUUAUUCUUUGUACAUACAGAUCUUGUGGUUUGCAUUAUUACAAGUACACCAUCGAUGGUACUAACAUUUUCUUCAUCAACUUGUUGGCCGUUGUCGUGUUCGUCAUUUUGGAUUUCUACAUCCUUAAUAAAACUUUGGGUUGGAACAAGUGGUAUACGGAUUCAUCCUUCUUGUUUGGAAUGUGUUUGUUCUCCAUUGUUCCCUUGGCAUACUUCAUUGGACAAGCCGUCGCUUCCAUUUCAGCACAAUCUUCUAUGGGAGUUGGUGCUGUCAUUAACGCCUUUUUCUCCACGGUGGUUGAGAUUUUCUUGUACUGUGUGGCGUUGAACCAACUGAAGGGUAAGUUAGUUGAAGGUUCAAUGAUUGGAUCGAUUUUGGCCGGUGUUUUGCUCUUGCCUGGUUUAUCCAUGUGUGGUGGUGCUAUCAAAAGAAAGACUCAAAGAUAUAACCCCAGAUCAGCAGGUGUGUCGUCUACCAUGCUUCUUUAUGCGAUGCUUACCAUGUUUACCCCGUCGCUUUUCUACCAGUUGUAUGGCUCUUAUGAGAUCAAGUGCAAGAAAUGUGACUAUCCAGAAUUCGAGGAUCUUCCAGACGACUGCACUAAAUGCCGUUUUAUUCAACCUACAUUCACCCUUGACAGGCUUUACUACGAAGCUCUUCGUCCAUUUUCGGUUUUGGUUGCCUGUGCCUUGUUCCUUGCAUACAUCUGUGGUUUGUUCUUCACUUUAAGAACACACGCUUCCCUUAUUUGGGCGACGAACUCCCACGAACCCCACACUGGUAGAAAGGAUGAAGAUCACUUCAGGUCACCUAGCGUUAUCAGCUUGGAGAAUACCAGCAAGGGACGCCCUACCGGCGAGGCACCACCUUCAACUGCUAGAACCGGCGAAGGUGCCGCUCCUGAUUUGAAUCAAAGAGUUAAAUUUUCUAAAGAUCCGCAACCUACCAAGGAAGAGCACCAUGAUGAAGGCGGUGGCGGUCACGAUGCACCAAAUUGGUCAAGAAACAAAUCUACUAUUAUCUUGCUCGGAGCCACAUUGCUCUACGCCAUUAUUGCUGAGAUUUUGGUGGAUACCGUGGAUGAGGUGCUUGAGAGUUAUCCUAUCAAUCCAAAGUUCUUGGGUCUCACAGUGUUUGCAUUAGUUCCAAACACCACCGAAUUCGUGAACGCCAUAUCGUUCGCUGUUGGUGGUAAUGUUGCUUUAUCGAUGGAGAUUGGUAGUGCUUAUGCUUUGCAGGUCGUGUUGAUUCAGAUUCCAAGUUUGGUCAUUUACUCUAUUAUGAAACAGUUCACAAGCGUGGAUAUGAUCUUUUCCUUGAUUUUCCCCAGGUGGGAUAUCAUGGCAACACUCAUUUCCAUCUAUCUAUUCACAUACGUCUACGCAGAGGGUAAGUCAAACUAUUUCAAGGGCGUUAUCUUGUGCUUGAUCUAUGGUGUCGUUCUUGUUGCAUUUUAUCUUGACGACGUGAUUGCUGAGCUAGAUGAUGGCUACAAAGGCAGCCCGUCGCCUGGAGCGCUUGGCUUCGGUUUUUAG